CCUCUGCAUGCACAUGAGUGUGUGUGUGUUUGUCUCUGUUGGUGAGCAAUGGUGGGACGCUUUUCUCAGAAACUCCGGUUCCAAACGGCAGCGCACUUUGCUACACCGUCACUCAGUUUUGAGAGCCCGUCGAGCUAAGAGCAAGCAUUAAUUAGUAGAAAUAGACGACAGAGAAACAAAAAAAAACAAAAUACAGCUUAAAACAAUUGCUCUUGGUGUGGUGGCAAGCAAGGCGCAGUAGUAGUGGUUUAAAAGUGCGAUAAAUUGUGAUAAAGUGAUAUGAAUAGUGCUCUCGCAUCGCUGUCGCAAGUGUGGUGUAGAGAACGAAAAGAAACAAGUUAACGUGACGACGAGAAGAAACCAUACUCCUUCCGUAAGAAAGUGAGAGAAGAACCGCAGCGGAAGAAGAAAUCAUCACGACAUCGCGUCUCAAGUCAGAACGGGAAAAACGGAAACACAAUUCCACACACACAUAUCCACACGCAGUUUGCAGUGCUCCAAAACCCCCCUAACGAAACGAAAACAACACCCCCGAUCGUUGUCAAGGAGACGGUGUUUUUUUUUAACCUGUGUGUGUGUGUGUGUGUGCAUUACAUGUGCGUGUGUAUGCGUGCUGUGUUCGUGGUCUAUUAGUUUCCUGCUUGAAAGGAACAGUUUUGUUGAAAGUCAGCCCCCCGAAUUGAAUGGGUUUGGCGUUUGUUCCGUCUAUUGUUUCCUUGAAUGUGAAGCAGUUCUGAAUGCAUUAGUGUUUGGAGUGCACGUGUGAGCAUACAAAUUGGAGCGUCAUUAAUGAUAAGCUUGGUGUGGUACAGCGAACGAAAAAUCAAACGCCCAUGAUAUUGAGAAUGGAUGUGUGAAUGUUGCAAGAAGGAUACACAGCUUUAGUGCGUACACACGUGUGCUGAUUACGGUGCUGGAUGGUUUAUAGUGCAAAGUGAAAAUCAAGCAAAAAAGCGCCAUCAGAAAACACACUCCUUUUUUGGUGGUGAAGCAGCAAGCACGGUUGACGAAAACGGGAGUGUAAGGCUCUAAUGUUGGAUGCACAAUGGCCACAUCACCCACACCAUCCUUAGAUUCGCUACCGGGUGCAUCCAAUUCCAUCGGUUCGUUCGGUGAACCCGCCGACUACCUGUCGGACUCUCCGCUAACAACGCUGAGCGGUGGCUCUGGCACGACCGGUUCCUCCCCGCCGGCCAGCGAUUCGGCCAUCUGCGACGAUUUUGCGACUUCCUCCAGCCUUGAGUCCGCCCAGUCGAACAACGGCUCGUCGGAAUCGCUGUUUCCGCGCUGCACCGGCUGCAAAAGUAAGCAAUCGGAUGCGGUAGCCAAAUGUAUGGACUGCGACAACUUUCUGUGCGCUAACUGCGUUACCGCACACCAGUUUAUGCACUGUUUCGACGGCCACUCAGUUUACCGCAUUACGGGCGGCGGUUUGGGUAGUGUUGUUGGCGGCGGCGGUGGUGUCAACACGUUCGGCUCUAUUGGAUCGCUCGCCAACGGGACGAUGGCGGCCAACACGGUCACCACGACUGCUCCGACCACGCCAACGCUGGGCGGAUUGCUGGGAGGCUGCCUCGAUGGGUCCGGUCUACUUGCCGGCAGCAUUCUGGGCGGCGGCACGGGCGGCAAAAUGCUCCAGAUGGGAGGCUUCGAUUCGGCCCAUCCGCGGCUCAGCACGCUCAAUCUGACCAUCAAGGACGAUGCUAGCAGCCUGGUAAAAUCUAUCAUGAACAACGUGAUAACGCCCCCGACUUCUAACGGGGCCCCUGGUAGUGGCAGCAACAUCAACAAUGGCAACGGUACUGGCAACAACAACGGCAACAACAACAACAGCAGCAAUAGCAGCAGUAGCAGUAGCAGCAGCAGCAGUAGCAGCAGCAGCACAAGCAGCAGCAGCGGUGGCAAUGGCAACAGCUUGAUGAACCAGGUCAACAGUCAGCUUUCGGCCGUGAUGCAGCAAUCAACCGGCUUGGGAACGGAUUUGCUGCUCUCGAACGGCCUUGGCAGUGGUGGUGGUGGUGGGAUACUUGGCGGGUUGUUGAGCAACGGCAGCAUUGGAUCCGGGUUGGGCGGUGGUCUGCUGGGCGGAAACAAUAAACCGAACUACUUCUGCAAGCGCCAUCCCAGCGAGCUGCUCAAGUUCUAUUGCCGCACGUGCAGCGUUCCGGUGUGCAAGGACUGUAUGCUGCUGGACCAUCCGAAUGGGCUGCACGAUUGCGAACACAACAGUGACACUACGCCGAAGCAGAUUGAAAGCUUGCUGCACACCGUGUCGGAAGUGCGCGCCAAGGCACAGGACCUUCGAUCGCUGAUCAAGAACGUCGAGCACAGCGGCCAGCGUAUCCAGCUGCAGUAUCACAAGGCGCAGAAUGAGAUCGAAGAUACGCACCAGUUCUACCGCUCGAUGGUGGAUGAGCGUAAGGCGGAGCUGCAGAAGGAGCUGGAAAAUUUCUACAACGCAAAGACGGUCUCCCAGUCGGAGCUGCUCAAUCGCAGCCAGGACCAUGUGGACAAGAUGCUGCAGAGUUGCGAAUUUGUCGAGCGUCUAACGAAAUGUGCCGGCCCCUCCGAGACGAUCAUGCUGCGCAAGUUCAUGGAAAACAAGCUGAUGCUCUUCCCCGCGAUCACACACGACCUGCAGGCUUCGUACGAGCUGGAGUUUGUUUCCAACUAUCAGGCGAUCCAGAUCGGUGUCCGCAACACCUACGGCUACAUUCGCUCGAAUGCAGACCUGUCCAGCGUCACGACGAAACAGCCACCCAUUGCACGUCCCACCUCAACUACGAAUGGAGGUUCUUUGCUCGGAGGCAAUCGCAGUGCCAGCCCAUCCAACAGCAGUACCGGCAGCAUGAAUUUGAUGUCUCACCAUCAUAUGAGAAACGGCGAUGGUCUCAUGAACGGUGGCAGUGGUGGAGCACACCUACUCGACCAUCACUCGCACCAGCGCCAUCAGCAGCAUCAGCAACAUCAGCAUCAGCAGCGAUCCUUCGGCGGUUCUUUGGUGAACGGUGGUGGCCACGGUGUGAACGGUGGUGGUUUAUCGACGUCUCCGCUGAGCGGGUGCGGUACAGGAUCCAGCAUGGUCAACGGACUGUCGGCAGCUUUCGAUACAACGAACCUGAUCUCCAAGCGGUUCAACAGUGCUAACAGUCUCGGUCCAUUCGUUGGAGAGCCAUCGAUUGGGCAGCCUAUUGGUAAUGCGUACGAAAAGUGGAGCAAUGGAGGUGGAACUGAUCUGUUCAACAACCUCUCUGAUCAGUACACUAUUCCACUGAAUUCUAUUGGCGGUGGAGGCGGCGGUGGUGGUGGAGGCAGUGGAGGCGGUAGUUCGGGUGCCGGUGGACAGCAAGACACAUCGGCAGCGAUGAUCGACCUUACGGCGAAGCUGAUGUCAAGUUCAAUGUUCCCGCCCAAGAGCCAAAUCAAGCGUCAGAAGAUGAUCUAUCACUGCAAGUUCGGCGAGUUCGGCGUGAUGGAAGGCCAAUUCACCGAGCCGAGCGGUGUGGCGGUAAAUGCGCAGAACGACAUCAUCGUCGCCGACACCAACAACCAUCGGAUACAGAUCUUUGAUAAGGAGGGUCGCUUCAAGUUCCAGUUUGGCGAAUGCGGCAAGCGCGACGGUCAGCUGCUCUAUCCGAACCGUGUAGCCGUUGUGCGUACGUCCGGUGACAUCAUCGUGACGGAGCGCUCGCCGACGCACCAAAUUCAGAUCUACAACCAGUAUGGCCAGUUUGUGCGCAAGUUCGGCGCUAACAUCCUGCAGCAUCCGCGCGGCGUUACCGUGGACAGCAAGGGCCGUAUCGUUGUCGUGGAGUGCAAGGUGAUGCGUGUCAUCAUCUUCGACCAGUCCGGCAACGUGCUGCAGAAGUUUGGUUGCAGCAAGCAUCUCGAGUUCCCGAACGGGGUUGUAGUCAACGACAAGCAGGAGAUCUUCAUCAGCGACAAUCGAGCACAUUGCGUGAAGGUGUUCAACUACGAGGGUCAGUUCCUGCGGCAGAUCGGUGGCGAGGGUGUCACCAACUACCCGAUUGGCGUAGGCAUUAAUGCCAGUGGCGAAAUCCUUAUCGCGGACAAUCACAACAACUUCAACCUGACCAUCUUCACACAAGACGGGCAGCUAGUAUCGGCCAUGGAGAGUAAGGUGAAGCACGCCCAGUGCUUCGAUGUGGCCCUCAUGGACGACGGCAGCGUGGUGCUAGCGAGCAAGGACUACCGGUUGUACAUCUACCGGUACGUGCAGGUGCCUCCGAUCGGUCUGUAAAUACAUUCGCCUGCACCUUUUCAACCCAAAGUCUGACAUCUUCCAUGACAACCGCCAAAAGAGGUAGGCAUCCUACAGACAGACAGUACCGAAGGCAAAUGAUGUGGCAGAGCGAGAAGGGUCGUCUCAACACAGUUGGUGAAUGUACAUGAAUGUCCCUAUGUGUUAUUUUGUACUAGCCGUAAGAAUAGUUUGACAUUUUAAAAAGCAAACAAACAAACAAACAAACAUGCACACAUACCCUCCUCUACUGACGACACCUAUCUCUAUGCUGCUGUAUCUUAUUCGUGGAACAUCUGUAGGACGCUAUCCGCUUUUAUUGUGCAAACGGAACGAAAUUCGAAUUGAAAGUGCAUCGACGAGAUUUGUGAUAGUUCUUUACCCCAUUGAAUUGUGUUGGGUGCUAGCAUAAAAGAUAUAUGUAUCGCCAGCACCGACCGGAAGCGAAGAAUUCAAGCAUACCACAUAAUUCUCCAGAGCGUGGUGUGUGAAAUGCCAACAUCAACAUGCAUAGGACGAACAGGCAAACGAUCAGAAGUGAAAUGAAUCUGCAGUGGUCUAACAUUUUACGGCUAUCAGGAUUGUGUAAAGAACUGAAAAUAUUUUCAUACAUGUAUAUAUAUAUAUAUGCUAGUUUAUAUAUAUGUGCGUAUGAAUGUAUGUUAAACUGUGUGCGCGUGCUUGUGUAUUUAGCAACUAACGAGUUCAACACAAUGCUCAGAAGGAUAUGCAUCGAACAAUCAGACUUGUACUGAAUCAAACAGAUCUCCAAAAACAAAACAGUCAACUGAAAACGAAAAGAUUGUUUUAGCAUCGUUAAAUUUAAGCAUCUUUGUCAAGUAUAGUGAAAGUUAGGCGACGGUAAUAAUAACGUGGCGCAAUUACAUGAUGAACAAAGGCGUUAAAAGAACGGAAGAGCGCUAGGAAGACAAGAAAGCAAAUAGACAGAAAGAGAAAAGGAUAAAGGAUGAGAUAGAAUUGUCAUCAUGCGCUUCCUAAAUUGCGAGAUUGUUGUUGACAUAUCGAAUUUAGCACAAAAUGUGUGUGCCAGCUGUGCUGCUACUGUAACUGCUAGAGAAUACCACACUAACACCUACAGACACGCAUACCACACACACCCUGGCAAGACGUUCACUGUCAAAAGAGGUGCGCUUAACACGUUUGAGUAGCAACAACAGAAACUAUUCACGAUAACGCCAAAACAUAGACAGCCAACAACGCUCAACGCUUCUACGUUAUCCGCAAACGUCGGAGCAUAAACGUCUAGUGUGCGUCCUUAGCACAGGCAGCCUUUUACUAGGAUCUUCGCUCAACGUGCCGAUCAGCUGAGGAGAUACGAUCAACAAAAUAGAAGGCGGAUACGGUCAUAAGAAGCAUCCGUGUCAAGUAAGAUGUGUUUGUUUGACCUGUUGAUUAGAUCCCACCCAGGUUCUCAACUGUAGCAGAUAACGUGUUUUAUUUAAAUUGCGCGUUGUACAACUAUGUUUUUGUUUGUUUUUAUAAUUAUUUUUACGUUUAUUAUUAUUAUUAUUAUAUUGUGUUAUCUGUGCGACAAAAACUGUUUGAACAAUAACUUUUAUGUUGUGUAUAAUGCAGCGUUGGCUGGUGCGCCUGCAACACCCCAACAAAAAUAGAACGCAAACGAGCCGGAAUGCCCCAUUUUGGCGACUGCAACCACAUUAUGGGGUGUGAUUUUGUUUAACAUUGCAAGGAUAGCGCAAACGUUCGCAUCCCAAAAAGGUUAUCGAAAUGAGAGAAUGACUGAAUCAAGUUCGUACUAAGGGCAACUUUGAUUACAGUUCGUUGAGCGGUAGUCGCAAAUAAGGUACUUUCAAUUUGACUGAGUUGCUCUGCGCAGAAGACUAUUGUUGACAUGUUUUAGUCCUUGCUUAAUAUAUUGUAAUAACUAGUCUUUAAUGCAUCGUGUUCUGUAUACUUUUUUUAACUGCGAAACCUUUACAAAUGACUCGAUUCUCAUAAAAGAGCCCUACAAACUUUACGAAAUGUGGAUCCAAGCGAUCGUUUUCAAUAAGACACCAUUCCCGAAUGGUACUCAAACAGUAGGAGAGAAACUGAUUUGAUCUUUUGUGCCCAGCAGCAGCACGUUCUAGGAAUAAUGAUAAUGAUGACGUUCAGCAACUGCAUCAAAAGAGUCAAUGUAAUAUUGAUACGAGUACGUAAUAAUUAAAACUCUGCUUUCGUAUAUUGGUUUAAGCGGAAUUGUAAUAGACUAUUUGAAGCUUUUGUGUGCGGUUAAAAUCCGAAGCAGAUAUUGCUCUCUCGAAGCCGUCGGGAACUACUUAAACAAAGACAACAAAUUACCAAAAUUGCAUGUAAAAACUAUUAUUCCUACAAGUUAAUCUUACCUCGUACAGCGUAAGGCGAAAGUUAUAAUCUUUUUGUUGAAUGCCGUACCCUUUUAUUGGUUCAUGACUUAUUAACGGCAAAAUCAAGCUCUUUUUUUUACAAAAAAAACUUCUUCAACACAGAACUUGGUUUGAAAGGUAUUUGCACUUUAAGUCACUUCCUUUGCCAAUCCAAGCACAAUUCUGAACUAAAAAAAAUUGGUUGCUUAUGAAAUACACUAGGAUAAAAAAAAACUAGCUGAAAACGGUGGAUCAACAUAAAAAUCAUAACUAAACGUUAGUAGGUAUAUUUAAAAGGAAAUAUUUAGAUAAAUUGUUAAAUCAGUGUACCCUUUCAAGAAGCAACGGAUGAGCAAAACUGUGCGAUGAUGGUGAUUACACUGGAAUUUGCAUGCAUUUUUUUUUUCUUGAAAGGCGUAAUGUGGCGAAUUGAGUUUCUUUGUUAUCUUUUCCUAAUUGCAACGAACAAUUGCUCCAAGCUGAUCAUCUGUCGCGACGAACAGCCUCAGAUUGCUGUUAAACGAAAAAAGAAAAAAAAAAAAAGAAUUAUUACGCGAUCAACAGUGAUCAAUGAAACUGUAAGUGACAAAUGGUGCGUCGAAUUCGUUCAAAUUCCUAUUUGUUUGUAGUUUUCAUAUUUUAGUUCUGUACGAUGUUGCAUUGUUUUACCCCAUUCUAAGUCUCUUAUUUAUAUAAUGUUUGCUCACACUUUGCUCUCUUCUAUUGUUCUGUUCCAGUCUGAGUGCGUUUUUUCCACUUUUUUCAUGUGUGUGCUAUCUGUAAAUUAUGUAAACUUCUUUUCGCAUAAUUCAAUUUUAUUUACGAAAUACUGUUUCCAUUUUCCAUCAUCAAUAACACACACACACAGUACGUAAAAUAGAAUGAGCUUAGAUUUAUUUUGUGUUAUUUGAAAUCGUGACAAAGAAUUUAAAUCCAAUCUAUUAAACCUGCAACGAACAAAAGCCAACGGCAGUUUUAGAGAGAAAACUUGCCUGCAUUGAGCACAUUUCCUUAAACAGUAAUGUAAAAUAGUUUCAAGAAAUGCGUUUGAGUUUUGAUGGAGAUGGACAGAUGGAUAUCGCAACUGAUUGUUUUUUUAUCGACCGCGAUUGCCAUACACAUGGAACUCGAUCAAUGGCGUAAAACAGAAAUUUGACCACUCCUCAUAUAUACAGUGCAGUAUUAAGAAAUGUUUUAUCUUGUCGUUUGAUGAGUUUUUGUGUAAUAAAUUUUCUGUUGUUUUUUUUGUGUAUUAGAACAAAGAAUAGGACCACAUACGCUUGUCGAUGAUCGUUUGUUACACUAUUUUUAAAUCCCCUGUCGUGUGCUUAACGUAAGAGUUCAGUAUUUUAUACACAUUACACAUCUAGUUAUUUAGCCUAAGAUGUUCGAUAUCCAUAUCCCAGGACCGUGUUUUAUUAUUAUUAUUAUUAUUCUUGUAAUUUACGUUUGUAAGUGUCCAUACAGGUCUGAGCUUGAUGCUGUUCGUAAUGUGUCUCUCUGAUGUAGAGCCGUAGAGUAUUUGUCAUAGUUUAUGUUAGCAUUUCAUUUGUAUUAGGUUUUAGCGAAACCAGACGUCUACUUACUGCAUUUAAACCCAGGACGGCUCGAUGCCCAAAUCGCAAGCCCUUCCUUUUUAAGCUAAUAGUAUUUAGUUAUAUUACCGAUGUUUGUUGGUUAUGUUGAUCUUUGUGUUGUUAAAUUAUAAUGCUUAAGUUUUUGAGUUUGAUGAGUUUGCUUAUUUAGUGUGAACAGAUCUAGAAACAAUUCUCGAUAAACGAUUAAAUAUCCCAGGCUCGAUUGUCAGCAACGUAUAAUGUCUUGCAAGACAGCAAUAGAUCACGCUUGCCAGAUAAAUAGUAAAAAAAAACAGAAGAAAAAAACAAACAAACUACAUGUUGAACAAGCAAUGGUGUAACUACGUAAUCAAAAGUCAACCAGUACAGCAGGCCCACAUAACCGUUCGUGGCGCGAAGCAUCGUUAUUGCAUACGGCAAACAUUCACUCCAUGCACUCACAUUUGACGUGCAAUUGACUGAUAAUGCUAUUAAAACUGAAAUGAUAUAAAGAACAUCAAUUCUAGUUGCAAGGCGGUUGCACAGAAACGGAGAUAAAGAAAGCGCUAAUGCGUUUCUCUCGAACUUAUUUAGUUUUCUCGUUCAUUACUCGUAUCUCGCAAUGACUUUCUUCGUUCAUAUCGACCGAAAAGCGAAAAGCUAUUGUUAGGAGUUUAUACGGAUUAUUAUUAUUUUUUUAAGUAUAUCUUUUUUUGAUGAUUUAUUAAGAUAAUUUAAAAGGUAAAUAAAAGUGUUGUUUAGUCAAAUUUCAUAAUUUGUUUAUUUUUUUCCUUAUAUUUAUUCUUAUAUUUUCUGCUGAAAUUUUUGAUUUACACACUACUAAACAAAUACUAACAUUCAUGCUCUCACUAGCAUCAACUAACCUCACACACUUACUAACUCAUCCUCAAAAACUAAACCACCAAACUAACCUACAUCAAAUCAACACUUUAAUUCGACGAAUAUGUCCAGAUUGUCGAUGAACCUUUCGCUGUUCAGUGAAGAUUCCAUGGAAAAUUGAACCUUCAUAAAGAUCAAUAACUUACCAACGAAUACGCUUUUGGUUUGCCAAUUCUCUUCUCUCUUUUGUGUAUGCUUUAUUUGUAGAUUUGUUUAGUGUUACAACCGAUCAUUAGCUACUUGCAUGUAUUCCAUGGUAGAACAUUUGGUAUUAAACAUCAGAAUGGGUUUGAGCAAUGUAACAUUCCUCUAAAAAAAUGAAGCAUAUAACUACAAGGAUAAUUUGCAUGUACCAUACAGAAGGAAAAGAUGACAUGAAAGAAACUCUUUGGUGCGUUUUGAGAAGCCUUUUUUGCUAUUGCCCAGCAAAACGGUCAAAACGGCAAUACGCGACGUUCGCUAAUAAUAAAGAUGGGGUUGCACACUGUUCGUGAAUUUUCCGGAGCUAAAUUAAAUAGUAUUAUAAUAUUCUUUUUGGUCAUUAUUUACUUUACCAUAUGUGUAUUGCGCUGUGCUUACUCUUGUCCAUGUUUAAAUAAUAAUAAAUCUUAUUUGUUCUAUUAUGCUAUUUUUUUUUUGCUGAACGUUUAGAAUGAAUUCUCUUAUUAUCUCCUAGAGACUUGAAUCUAACUUUAUAUGAUAUAGUAAAAGCAAUUGAAUGCUUACGCGCUGCUACGUUUUAACAUUAUUUACCAAAAGAAGAAGAAGAGAAAACCAAAUAACGGUACUUUAAAGAAGACAUUAAAACAAGAAGAACCAAGGGAUGCAAAUACUCUACUAAAAGACUGUCAUUCUUUGUAUGUUUGAAGAAUUUAGCAAUUAGAAAGUACGAGUUGGAAACUUACUUAUUUUUGGGUGGGAUAAACAUAAACACUUGUUCUACGGGGAUAUAUGAGAAAUAUCCGCAGGAGGGCUAGAAUACACUGUGCUGUUCCAAGAUGUAAUAUUUUGGAAGCAUAUACACUUAAUAACAUAGGGAAUCUUAAAUACUAUCAUACAGCAUCAGAAUCGGAAUAUGAACGAUUGGAGAAUGGAUAUUGCCGGGACGACAUAGUAUUGAUCGUGCUUUCAGAUGGAUAACAGUACAAGGACAUCCUGUGGAGAGUGGCGAACGAAGUAAACUAGUGGGAAAUCCUUUUGCAAACGAAAAACGAAAAAGACAUCAAUUUCUAUACGCGCACACCAACCGCACUCGCACUAUGCAAUUGAGUUUACGCAAAUCACGCACGUGGACGCAAUUGCGUGGUGUGGUAAAGUGAAUGAUGAUAAGGAAAUUAUUAUGAAUGUGGUUCUGAUGCAUCAGUGAAUAGAGUGAUAAGAAUAUUGAUCGUGCUACUACCAUAGCUUUCACACGGUAUCGUGCUGUGUAACUGCAUGGCAAAGGAUAGUGUAAUGCUAGAGCCAACAGCACUGGAAAGAGACUAGUUGUAAGGAAAUGAGAUUUCAGCUGUUUGCACCAGAGUGAGUUUGCAUCCUGCUACCUAACUAAAUACGUGCAGCAGUGAUGGUUUCCGACGAAGGCAAAGUGCAGUUAGUUCAGCAUUACUUGAGCGCAAAUAUUCGUAAACAUUUUGCGUCCUUAGGCGGGGAACAACAAUAUAAAACAACAAUCUACACACAUACAUGCACACACACACAUACAUAGAUACACUACUGUCUGUUAGAAUGGGCGCUAGCAGGCGUGCGCAUGAUGUAUAGUUGCGGUGGUACACGAGUGUGCGAUCGGCGAUGUGUCGACAUUGAUAUGAGCGCAAGGAACGAGAAAAAACUAUUUGCAAAUAUGAUCGAAUUGUAUGUUAGAAUGCUAAAAAUGCCAAAUAACCAUAACACUUCUCUAUUAGUUACUAGAGAAAGAUGGAAAGUGGAGCAACAAACUAAACAUAAUCACAAUCAUUAAACAUUUCUCGGUUUUUUGGAUGAACGGUAUUACGAAUAUUAUGAUUAAUAUUAUCAUUAUUAUAUUAUUAUUACUAUUAUUAUUAUCAUUACUCCUAUUGCUAUUAGAAUUAUACUCAUUAUUGAUAAUGCAUAUUUCGGAAGAAAACAAUGUCAAAGUGUGUUUGUUCGUCGUCUUUUUGCGAAACAAUAGAAAACCCACGCAACUCGUGCGAGAUAGAUGGGGUAGCGUUACUGUUAAAAACCCAAAGCAAACCCAAUGUGACUUCUUCAAGCCAACAGAACAAUUAGAAGAAGAUAUGAAGAAGAAGAAAAGAAAAACAGCAAUGAAUCCAACCAACUAAGUGCGGGGGCUGUUUGUUUGAGAAAGCACAUUGAGUAGAACUAUUUUCCGGUGUUUGCUGUUUUAUCCGUCAGGAAAUAGUGUUCGGAAAGGGGAAAAGAAGAGGAAAUAGAAAGACUGAAGUGAAAGUCUUGCUUUUGAACUGACGCCGCCGUCGCUGCUGUCGGUCUGUGUGCGGCGUAAAGUUUGUUUCCGAAUGUAAAACAUUAACCAAUUCUAGUCUUAUCGCCAUCCACAUGAAUAUUGCCAAUAUGGCUUUAGUGUAGUAGUUGUCAUUAUCAUUAACAUAACCAUCCCUAUCAUCUCCAUCGUACUCUAAUGAUAAUCAUCAUCAUCAUCGUCAUCAUCAUCGUCAUCAUGAUCAUCAUCAUCUCAGAGUCAUUUCACCAAUAAAAUCGCACACACUACACACUACUGGCUGUCUCAUAUACAUCACAUGUUUGUUUUUCCAUGCUUUUUGCGUUCGUUGUAGUUUGUACCUUUAACAUUUGCCAACUCUUCAUUCCUUCACACAUCCAUCACGCGUUUGAUUCAUUUCUUUCUGUUAUGGUGGUGCGUAUGCGUGUUUCUAUGUUUUCCACUGAUCAAGCUCAUACGUAUUAUCUCGAUCGUCAUCGUAAGAUCCGUUUUCAGACCACGUUAUCGUUGCACGCGUUUUUGAACGAAUACUUGUUACGGAAGAUCGACAACUUCCAAUGGCCGAUGUCGGAAAGAUGGCGGACGUUGUAACCAAAGACUAUCCUGUUGAAAAUUGCACUUAGAAGAAGAAAAAAAAACACACAUUCGGCGAAUGAUCGCAUUCAUUCGAACCAAGGUGCUAGGAUCAUUUGGAAGUAAGAGUAAUGAAGUCAUUAAAAUGAAUUGUUAUUGUAGUUAGGUUUCUUUCGAUGAUCUUUAUGGUGAGAUUCGGAUUGUUCAUUUACAUUAUCUGCCGGUAGUCUUUUUAAUUUAUCCAAUACCAGGACCUUAAGCCAAAGGCCUGUGAUACUUCGUCAGCGAUAUGCGACGUUUCAUUUUCCACUCUGGACGCCGCGGGGUCCUAUAGGGGAACAGUUUUAUAUUACAUAUUACAUUUGAUCGUUUUCUGAGAUCUUCCGAUCGAGUACAUCGAAUGAAAAUCGAAAGAACAAAUUACAAGCCAACUUUUGCUACGCAUGAAAGCGAGGGGGGAAUCACUUUAAAAAGGAUGUGUACGCCAUUCAUUGAUCGGUAAACGUGCCGCCCCCAUCGUUUGCGUGUAUGGAGUAUGUAGAGGGUUUUGUUUUGUUUUUUUUUUGUUUUUUGGCAUGCAGCUAAAACGUUGGUUUUGUGAAACGUCUCCAUCCAGCCACUAUAAGAAAUGAAAUGUUAUACGCUUGAUAUGAUGGGGUCAAUCUGUCGGACAGACCGAGGAAUGUCGUAAGCAUAUUUUGUUGCUGCUAUCAUGUAUCAAAUGUUUGGCAGAACAGUGAAGCAUGUGUUGUAAAGCGUUUGUCUCGUAGAAGUAGUUCCAAACGUUAUACCGAUAAUGAAAUUAGGCACACGAAACAAUCAUAUUAUAAAAAAAACUGCAUUAUAUACAGUAUACACAACAUAACUGAAGCUGGGCAAGACGGGAAAAUGAAAUGAUAUGUUCUUUUUUGGGGUAUAUGUGUGUGUAUGAGAAGGUUAAAGAAAUAUAACGAAAGCAUACUCAAUAAUACACGUGCAAACAAUACAAGCCAAUGUUCGUUGAUAGAUCGUUUUGCCGAUGGGUGAGGUGGUUAAUUUACCAUUUUCUGAUUUUAUUAUUACUAUCGCGUAGUUGUGAGCUGAGGGACGUAUAAUCAGCUGGAAGGAAGAAGGCACAUUUUGGGAGGAAAAAAAAACUCCAGGCACAAGUAACUGUUCCUAGGAAGACAACAAUUGGCGGGAUUGUGAGCGAACGCUGUGGGAAUGUGAAACAUUAUACUAAAGAAACAUACAACAUAAAUAACAUUAUAUAUACAACAUACAUAUAUUUUUGUAUUCACGAUUUCAAACAAACAAACAAACAAACAAAUGGAGUGAAAAAAUGUAGCAAUGCAAACUUUACGCAAAACUCUACUUAACAACAUUCUCCGCCCCACCCUGGUCUACUCCUCAUCUCUGUACAUGAAUGUAAGCCAAAUCGAUUUUCCAUUCACAGAGAACCAAACACAGGAAAACAAUAAAAACACUCGCAAUCUUGAAAGGAAGCAUAAGUCGAGCGCAGGAAAGAGGAUGCGCGCAUGUAUGGUGCAACUAGAGUGUCAGCGUAAAGAUCAGCGCUCUACGAAUAUAUUUGGAAGGAAAAGCAUCGCGUGAAAUGGAGAAGGGCAGUUGGAACGAUAAUUUCUACUAGUUAUAAAUUACUCCAUUUGUACGCACGGAUGCAAUUUUAAAGGGAAACUAACCUGGAAGGAUGUUCACGUUGUGCUACCGAUGUUAGAUUGUUGUGACACAGAGAGACAAGCAAAUGCAAAUAAUGUAUUGAAUGUAAUCCGAUUCUUUGGGCAGCAAAACGAACAGCAAAACAGCGCAUUUUAUUGGGUUUCUACACAUUUUUACGCGGGAUGGUGAUACAUCGAUUGUGUCUUCAGCUGCUUUUUUUUUUCAUCAUAUUGGAAUCAGAUCAGAACGCGGAGGAAAGGGGGGAAACACAUGAUAGCUCUGAUAACUUGUUUAGGGAAUUUAUCUACUUUACUCUAAGGGGAAAUGAAUUCAGCCAGACCCGUUGUACAACGCAAAGGAUAAUACUCGGCAAAAGCUCGGGUAGUAAUGUGAAAUGUAGCAGACAAACAAUCUUACAUGCAAAUUUAAUUCUAACCGCUGAAAUCACAUACACACACACAUUUACAUACAAAGACAAACACAAACACGACAAGAAGUGCUGACUUUUUUGUUUCACCUUAAUUAAAAUGAAAUGUUUGUUUGUGUGAUAUCAAAAGUACUUGUGCUGUUUUGACCGCACAAAAAAAGGCCAGGUGCAUGUAGGAGCAAGCAUCGUAUCAUCUAUGCAAUUAUUUAAUUGCAUUUAAUAUGCUCCCGGCGUCUCUCCAGACCGUUACCAGAUAUCCAUCCGCGCACUCUGAGAUGCGUGAGUGUGCGCGAGCUUUCGGUUUCAUCUAGCCCCAGUUUAACAGCGGGGCGGUGUAAGGUGACCGACCAAGCAGGCAUGGCAGACCAAGCAGGGUAGCAGGGUGGCUGGUAAGCUGGCUGACUGGCUGGCUGGCUCGCUUUCAAGAUUGGCCCAGACUUGCUCUCGUAACGUUAUGUAAUGCAUGAAUUGCAUGAGCCGCGCCGCGCUGUGCUUUUGCACAUAACUGAGACCCCGACCCAGACGAAAGAAAGCACACAUUUCUUCGAUAUAUGUGUCAUGAUAUCACUUUCCUCUUUCACCAAUUUUCUCGUCUCGCCUUUCUCCCGGUUUCCUUGCACCAUUGGCGGGAGGAUGGGAGGAAGCAAAUGGAACGAAAAUGAAUCGGGGCGAGCAGUGGUAGGCUGGUGCUGCUUUGCCUUUGGUAUACCUCUCAACCAUCGGCAGCAAGAGUCUCCUUGUGGAAUGAUAAGUUUGUGGAACACGCGCGAUAAUCGAUGGUGUCCGAGUUUUGUUUACAUUUAUAUCUGACAUGUGAAUAUUUGAUGUUUGUCUACAAAAAAGCGAACAACGUUUGUCUAUUUGGCACUGUCCGAUAGCUGGUCCCCCACAACACAGGCUAAAUGGGGCUGAUUCAAACACCGUUGCCUUACUUAUCAAUCAAUCCUCCCAACCGUCCUUGUGAGCGUUCCUAUCUGUGCAGGUUUGCCUCCUCACCCUUUGCCUAAGAGGUUCGUUGAAGAGGUUCUUAUAUCUUCUCUUUGAUAACUUUUUUCGCUUUCUUCGUACCGUGUUGCCUAUGAGGUUCAUUGAUAUACGGAGCAGAACGUAACACUUUUUUCCGGCUCAUCGCCAACAGGCCACUGAGAAGAAGGGGAAGAAGUAGAGGAGAUACAGAGGGGGGGUGAGCGCUGCAUGGCAAAGAUAUUGGGGCCAAACGAGAGUGGUGGUACUGCUGCAACAAGUUAAACUACUUUACGUUUCCUCCCCUAUCAUGACCCAACACACCCACGGGUCUCUGCUCAUCGUCAUCAUCAUCGUGUCCAGCCCAAAGGCGAGAGACCUAAGGCUGAAUGCGUAUGCGUGAGCUAAACGAGAGUACAACACGGAAGAGAGAUGAGAUACAGCAAGAAAGAAAUGGGAGUAGGCUGUUCAUUUUGUUUUUCUCAUCUUCCCUUUUCCAUUUCACUCUUGCUCACAUUCUAAUCCUGUUGGCCACAUUUCACUUUCUUCCCGGGUUUCUUUCAGCCGUGUUUGGUGGGUGCUGCUUCGGAUAGUGUUUGUUUACUUUAUUGUCCAAUGUUUACUACCUUUUUCUGUUAUUUCUCUAUUGCCUCAAUCAUCUUGCCCAAUAUUGAAAAGCAUGGCCGAGAUUUUAUCAUGUUUUCCAGUGAAAGACACUCACAGCCCAAGAGGUAAAUGCGUCGAUUCCGGUAAAUCCAAUUGUUGAUAGUUUUCGAUUACUUGGCAGAUAUGUAAAAUUAUACAAUGAUGAUAACGUGAUAAUUGUUUCGCAAAAAAAAACAUUAUCCUCCAUAAACCACACAACACGUUUGCACCAACAACAAAAAACAGAGUUAUUUAAGGCACCGUGGUCGCCCACCACCGAAACAGCUCCAUGCCUGACAGAGGAUAAAUUUCCGCAUCAGCAAAAGAGCCGUGCAUAGGUGGUAGCGUGUCGCGCCGGUUAGCAACCUUCUUGGGCGUUUUCUUUGCCGUUCGUCUAUUCUUGUUUAUCCCCUCGUUCGAACACUAUGCGUUGUCACACAAGUGAGCCCCAUUGCCAGCCAUCCAGCAAAUGCCCCGAACGAAUGUUUUUUUUUCUUCUUCCAGUGAUAGACUGGCUUUUGCGUGUUGGUGGUACCAUUUUCAAACAGUGCGCCACCGCCGCUCGCGCCACCUUUCGAAUGCAUGGCGUUGCCGUUUGUUGAUGAAACCGAAAUCUGUUACCAGGCCAUGUGGGUAUGGCGCGAAUUUGUGUGUCUUUUUUUUGUGCAUGUUAAAUGUGCAAUGUGCAGUGUAGGUCUUGGGGUGUUUUUUUUUCUUUCUUUUCUUGCCUGGUGCCUCCCGGUGGUGCCUCGGAAAAGAAACGUACGUAUUACGUACGCGUUGCCAAACGGCAAAAGUCGGGCUACGUGUGUGACUGUCGCUGGAGUUGGAUUAUUAUUUGCACUCGCGUCUUUCGUGUGUCGGCUGGCGACUGGCGGCUCGAACCUCACGUUCUUAAGCGGUUUGAACGGGCGUGUGUGCGAACGGCAUAAGCUCAGGCCUGGGGCGGGCUGUUUGCUGCACUCCUGUUGAGCACUGUGUGUCCAUGCUUUUGGGGUAUACAUUUGAAGGGAGCGAAAUGGAAACCAAAUGGCACGCGGUUGAGUGUUUUUAUUGGGCCUUAUUUUACUAUUGAAGAUCGUUUUCUGAUAAUGCCCCCGAUCAUGGUGGAUUUUGUUGGUCUGCAAUGAAAUUUGGCCUUGAAAAGUUGCAUCUUUUUAUCAGCUGGUGAGAGGGUACAAUAGGCAAACGAUACUUUCUCGCAAAAUAUUGCAUCCCAAAAACGCCACUUACGGCUAGCAUUAAUAUGUUGCUCCCUCCCCCCCAAACCCGUUCUUGCAAGUUUUCAUUGAUAAAAGAAUAAGCAUGAUGAAACAUGCUGUUACUACUUCGGUGGACGAUCAGCUGUGAUGCGAUCAGGUUUUUUCGACCAGCGCUACGAAAAAAAAGAACUUAUGGAAUAUCCAAUGCAAACCGGUUUCCAACACGUAGAAACAUGUUUAUAGAAAUGUGUGUAUAUGUGUGUGUGUGUGUGGGGACGUGUAUGUUGGCUGGCGUUUCCGGCAGCUGCGUUUAACUGGCUUUAAUUUAUUGAAGCUUCUUCAAAAUAGUUUUUGGGAGAUGUUCCACUCUUUGAUAGCACAUGCCAAAAGCAUAUCCGUACUCCAUUGAAGAGUGGCACCAAACAUCCAUAAACGGAAGAAAAUUCACUCAUGCCAUUGGAUACAGUAAAGCUGUUUUAAACACGUUUGCCAAACUCAUCGAUUGUUAAAAAGUAACCUCCCCCCCCCCUCUCUCUCCCCGAGCUCCUCCACUUCAUUACAUUCACGCAUUGAAAAGGCAAGCAAACGCCAAACUAUGUCAUCUACGUUACGUGAACUUGAACUAGCGGUUUACAUUCGUUUGUUGCGAAAAACCGCGUGGUGCGGUGGUGCGCACAUUUUGCACGCGCGCACCCUGACCGCGCGAGCACGAUAUUUCCGCUUCGCGCGAGGUUUUUUCGCGCGCAUUUGUGUGUCUUUUUUUUCACGCCGCUCUCGAGAGCUGCUCCACGUUGUGUCACAACACUGUGUGCGUGCGUUUAGAGCACACGCUGCUGCUAAUGCGGGGUGGCACGAGAUGCUUUUUUUCCUUUCCUAUUUAGCGGGAGGGAGGGGGGGGGGGGUGUAGUAAAGCGAGAGCGGGAGUGCUCAUGUGUAACGAGCACCACUCUCUGCGUGCGGACGAGAACGCCUGCCAUGAGCGACGACGCGUGUGGUGGGGUGACCCUGUGUGUGGUAUGGUGUAGCCCCUGCGAUCCACGAUGGACCACCGUCGGCAGGGCGGCAGCAGCAGCAGCACCCCAUGGUCAUCCGGUUUCGUUUGUUUGUCGCCUUGUUAUACACCCAUCGCAUCAUCUCGCAAUGCGAUUGACCGGAAUCGUCCCUGGUCACACACUCGCGCGGGGUUUUGCGCUUUGUUUCAAAUCCGCUACCGGUUCGGCGACAGUUGAAGGCGGCACCCGAUUCAAAGUCGCUGCUUCGAAGGGAAUCUGUGUGCAUUUUUUGGUGUUGUUGUUGCUUUACUGCAGCGUGGUUUACUGUCCAGCAUUUCUCGCUGACAAGCAUUAACCACCCCAUCAUCUUGCGUAUGUGUGUAAGGGUGAGUGUGCACCAAAGCACGCAUACAAGCGCGCACCGGCCGGUCCGUCGUAGCAUACGGAAUCAUUCACCUUCGAUUGCUGGCGUGCGCGCGCGUGUCGCUGACCUGCAUCAAGUCUGCUGGGACGCGCGUCCCAUGUACGUACAGAGCGCGACAAGCUACGCACGCUUUUUGUCUUGCUUGCGCUCGCGCGCGCUCCCGCUAAUCCACUGUCUGUCGCCGAGCCGCGGGACCGGAUGGACCGGAGAACCGCGUGCGCGAAGUUAAUUCUGGUUCUCGCGGUGGGGGGGAUUACUUGGUGUAAUUCUUCGUGAUUUUAUUUCAACCCCAAGUUCGCGUCUCAUCCGAUGCGGAAGAGUGGCGCGCGCAGUUGGUAUACAUAUGCGAGAGCAGAGCGAAGAGGAGGUUCAGGUGGAAGGAAGCUCGGUUAAGUGUACAUGUUUGGAAUCAUUUUCCCAUCGCUAUCGCGCCACCGAUUGGGCAGAGGAGUGAGUGAUCGCGGCUUCUAAGAUCGCCGUGUAUUUUCUCCCUUUUGCUUUCCGUUUCUCUCUCUCUCUCUCUCUCUCUCUCUCUCUCUCUCUCUCUAUCUCUCCUUCGCUCGCUAGCUAUACGGCAGGCUGCUUACGAUACGGAUAAACCCCAGGGAAUGGAAGGCAGAAUGGUCCAAACCAGAAUAUAUAAUCCAUAACAGAGAUCAUCGUACUGUGUGAAAUCGAAAUGAAAGGAAGCAGCGCGUUUUAUCCUCGCACUUCCACGCGUUCUCGUGGACCGCGCGCACAUUUUCAACCAACACCAAACACACACACGCUCGGUAGAGAAAACGUUGGCACGUUCGUUGGUGUGUGAGUUUAUUGGUUUACAUGCUGCUCCAGCUAUAUAUAUUGUGUGCUGCGCACUGCCCCAGUGUGUGGUGGCUUCCAAUACGCUUUCGUUCCAGCGUGUUGAUUCGAUUCACCCUUCGCUGCCUGAGCGUCGCUUCGCAUAUUUCCUUUUUAUGUGGCUAACGACUUUACCAGCACACUUGGCCCCGCGAGCACCAUCACCGCCACCCGAGAACCUGAUGUGCAUUGGAUGAUCGUGAUGGGGCGCGAGAAUGAUCGAGUGUAAAAUUUGAUGGAAUACAUUCCUUCGAGGCCCGGUUCUCACUUGGCCUCGGUUGCUCCAGUAGAGUUGGUGUUAGUUUUUUUUUUGUUGUAUGUUGCUUUCCCUCGAUCCUCCAUUUUGGGGCGUAUAUGAUCGUGGUGAAAGGAAUGAAGAUGCGCUCGCAGCGCUCACAUGCACCAGCACCGCCGCGUGUGACUGGAAGCAAAGAACAGACCAUAACAUGGGUUCGAAAUUUUAGAACGUUUAUACUAACAUCGAGCGAGCGGGAGGGAGUAUCUCUUCUUGGUUUGGCAACUCUUUCUUGCCUGUGCAGAAUGCCUGGCCUUAUGUUGGCCCCCCCAUCGUAGCUCAAUUUCAUGAAAGCAAGAACAUUUUAUCGUUCCCAUUCCUCCCCCAGUUUGGAAUCAAAUUUCCCUUUCACUAAUGUUUUAAUCGUCGUACUUACUUCCUCACUUGGUUGCUGUUGAGUAAAGACCUAACGCAGCGCCGUUGUGAGUGUGGGACUGUGCCAUAACUAACCCUCAGAACGACGGAUGAAACGGGGUGAUAAAUACACAUAACUAUGUACGAGCGAGACAGCAUAAAUUAAAAAAAAAAAACACGUCUUCUAAAACACGACUUCCCACAUGGGCGGAGGGUGAGAAGAAAUAUUUUCUAUUUUUGGCCAUAUCUUGGAGCGACAUACUGUGCGACAUAGUCGAGGCUGGUGCGAUGCUGAAUACGCAGGAAGCGCAGCAUACCCCCAUGCUCUGCUGCACUGCUCUGUUUGGGUAUGUUUUGUUUAAGAAUGCACUACUACGAAGGGAUUAUUAAUUACGCAGCGAUUCAAUUACAUAUCUCCGUAAAGAUUGUUUCCACAGCAUAAGUAUGUUAAUUGAAUGCACUUCACUUUCGAUAACACAAUAAGCGAAAGCAUAAUUCAGAACAUAACAACCCGAUACCGUACACUACACGGACAGCAUAAAUACACACACUGACGCGCAUUGUAUUGCACAAAUUUCAAAUCAAAACACACACACUAGCAUGCUACACGAAGGAAAAGGAAAUCAAAUGAAACUCACAACACCAACAACACCACCACCACCACCAUCGCGCGCGCACAUCAUCUCGAUGAGUAAAACGGUAUUUUUCUCGCGUUGCUUUUAUCAGGUGAACUUAGCGUAGUUGGAAAACAUUUUGAGAAUAUUAAAAACUCUACAAAAAAAAACAACAA